CUUUCAACACUCUCAGCAGCCAUGACGCCGCCGCGCUCCGCGUUCUUCACGCUCGAGGACGCCAAGAUCAGCUUCAGCAUCAUCUGCUGCAUCUGCGGCAUCGGCACGCUCUCCAUGCCCUCCAACUUCGCGCGGGCCGGGCCCGUGUACGGCACCAUCGCCAUGCUCUUCAUGGCCUUCGCCAACAUCUACGCUACGGUGGCGCUCUCGCGCGUGAUCCUCGUGGCGCCGCCCUCCGUCAAGACGUUCAGCGACGUGGGCGACUGGGUGCUCGGCAAGACCGGCCGCUACCUCGUCAACGUCUCGCAGCUGCUCGUGUGCUUGCUGCUGCCCUGCGCCUUCCUGGUGCUCGGUAGCACGCUGCUCGACGUGCUGUUCCCGAACUCGUUCAGCCAGAUCUUCUGGAUCGUCUUCAUGGCCAUCACCGCCAUCCCGGCGUGCCUCAUCCCGACGCUCAAGGCCGCGGCCACCGUUGCCUUCAUCGGCUGCAUGGGCACCAUCAUCGCCGACGUCGUGGGCGUGAGCGUGCUCGAGUGGGAGAUGCGCGGCCACCCGUCGGUCCCGGCGCCCGACAUCACGCUGCACCAGGUGCUCACCACCUUCGGCAACCUGUCGCUGGCCUACGGCGUGGCCGUGCUGAUCCCGGACCUGCAGCGCCAGCACUCGCAGCCCAAGCGCAUGCCGCGCGUCAUCAUGGUGAGUCUGGGCGUGGGCUCGGCCUUCUUCCUGGCUGUGGCCAUCGCCGGCUACGUGGCCGGCGGCUGCCAGCUCUCGGCCAACCUGCUCUUCUCCAUCGUCAACAUUGCGGACCCGUCCGCUCCGUCGGCGCUGGGCUUCGUGCCCAACCACGGCGCGGUCAUCAUGGCCUACCUGUUCAUGCACCUGCACGUCGUCAUCGUGCUGUCCACCGUGCUGCAGCCGCCGUUCUACAUGGCCGAGCGUCUCAUCCUGGGCAUGCACAAGGACUCGGCGGAGACCGCGGCCUGGAUCCAGCAGGACAAGGAGGACAACGACGGCUGGGAGGAGCUGCGCGACAAGCUGUCGUCCAACGUGCCCAUUGUGGCCAGCAGCAUCCCCGCGCGCGACCUGGAGAGCAACCACGCCGACUCGGACGUCGAGACGCUGUCCAACUCGGCCAAGCGCGAGCAGGAGGAGAAGGACCACGACGAGGCCCAGCUCUCGGACUACAGCGGCUCGGCCAACGUGCUGCGCUACGUGACGCUGCGCCUCGUGAUCAUGGCGCUGCUGGUGGCCGCGGCCAUCGGCUUCCGCUCGCACUUCCUCGACCUGGUCGACUUCACGGGCGCGUCGGCCAUCACCGUGUGCUGCCUCGUGCUGCCGCUCGUGUUCUACCUCAAGGUCUUCUGGAAGGUCCUGCCGCUCUACGAGCGUGUGGUGGCGCUCGUGAUCAUCGUGGUGUGCACGGUCGUGGGCUGCUACGUCAUGAUCUACGCCGGCAAGAACCUGUUCAACCCGGACUCGGACAGCGCCACGUUCCCGUACUGCCCCGAGGAGUACCAGUCGGAGCCGUACUACGUGCGCAACUCGACCACGUCGUCGGCCACCUCGGCGUGAAUCGCGGACGACCGUCGCAUUAGGAGAGCGUUAGGGCAGAGCCACGACAGGUAUCUCUGCUCGAGCUGUUGAUCUACCUAAUAAUCGACCUCCACUCACCCCCUUGCCCCCCGCG